CCUCCGUCCCGCCCUCACUCGAGCAGCGCCCACCUGACGUACGUGUAGGGUCAUCCUCUCUCCCGCUUACUCCGUCUCCAGCCUCGUCUUCUUGGCACUUCUUGGCUUCUAAUUAUCAGAACGUCCUUCGUGAACACACGCCCAGCCUCCAGACGGCCAGGGCGAAGGUCACAAUGAGCUUGUGAAGUGAACCAGCAGAACUAUUGUCAUGCUACGUGACCUAUGAUUGGCUUGCUGGCGUUUGUGCGUGUCGCGGCUCCGGGGAUUGGUAUCAGUGGUGUGUACAAUGAUUUAUAAUCACAGUGUGGGGGUCAGGGCUCUUGGCGGGGCCCCCUGACCUGCUCCCAUAAGAGUGUUGGGCAGGAAUGGUGUCGCAGCACGCGCGUCAGGCUCAGGUCACUAGUGAGUGUCACUGACGGGGGGAAGUGAUGAGCUCCAUUCUUAGCGACAUAACCGAAGAACCUUCCACCGUUGGAGCGUCCAGUGUUGGUGCUGAUGCCUGGCUGGUAACUGCUCGAGCACACCACCUUAGUCAGGAGUCUCUGGAGGCGGUGCCUGCAGAGCCACACAACGUCGAACCGUUUAGCAACAGCCUGAAGGAGGCGAGAAAGUCCCCCACUGACCACAGUCUACGUACUGAACCCUCUGUCACAUCUCAGAAAAGCUUCAGCGACAGUGUGCUCGAUUCCGAAGACGAAUCUGAUACUGCUGUAACGUUGGACAGUGAUACUGGUUCAUUUUAUUCAGUGCAGUCCUUCGGCACGACUCUCCGCAAUGACAGUGUUUCGUCCCUUGUGAAUUCUGUGUUUCAUAGUGAAAAUACUCUCUUUGACUCUGCCCAGUCAAUCGUCACUCCUCGAGCUUCCAAAUGGUCAUCGUUAAGCAUCGAUAUUCCUAAUGAGACAAAAGGCUACACGAGCCCAUUAGAACGCCACAAUAGUCUAUACAUACAUCCUGGCAGUUUUCGCGCCUCUAUUGAGGAAAGGGACUACGAGUCGUGGGAAUACACAAGUUGCCCUGACCUCUCCCACGCUGGGUCUCGUCAACCUGAGGCCUUACCACAAGACGCCGCUAGCGUGGUAGCAAGACGCAACCGCCUAUCGUUACGCUUGUCUCAACUAGGAAAGGAAGCAGUAAAUAGUGUAAGUAUGAGUGCCGUAGAUGGACCUUCCUCUCCCAAACUAGUGGAAGAUGCCGACAAGAAGAAAAAGGGGCUCAUGUCUACUUUCCGGAAAGGCCGUAAGACAGGCCGAAAAUUGCGACAACAAAAGAAGCCAUUGGAAGGUGGACUUAGUUCCCCAGGUACAGGAGUGGCCAGCGACACGGAGCAAGAAUUUUACUUAGAGUCUGAACCCAGCGCUCCAAAUAGCCCAGCUCUUGUAAAAAGCGGCGCUAUUCAGGCAGAUAAGGAGACAGAGCAGCCUGAGGAAGGUGGAGAAAAACAGGACACCCGCCCGGCGACUCACGAACGACUCAAUGGCUCUUCAUCUCCGAAAGGAUCAGCGGACAGCAGCAAGACACCUUCUCCAGUGUCUAACAAGAGUUCUAAAAUCGAAGAUGAUGCUAAGAAAGGAGAUGAAAAGGAAGAAAGGAAGAAGGAAAAGAGCAAAUUUGGAAGUUUUCUCGCUCGUAAGGACAAGAAACAAAAAUCUGAGUCUGGAUCGAAAAUUUCUAUUGUAAGCAAUGCGUCGGCAACGUCUUCUCUCGCCACUGAUGCGUCGCUCGUCAGCACGGAUGUGGUCGCAACGUCUGCUUCACCAGAGAGAAAGGCGGAGGUGAUGGAGGGUACAGUGAAAGAUGAUAACGACCCCUUAACCACAGAGGCUGAUGUAACCAACCCCGACGACGCCGCCUCAACAGACUCCAUGGACCCUUCUUUCCGCUCCUUCAUUUCCAACGUCCAGUUUUUCAAGAACUGGACGGCAAAUGCGGAAAUACUUGCACAAGAGCCAACUGCUGAAGAUAAAUCCAAUCCCGGUGUUGAUGUGGCAGGUGACCAGAUUGUGUCUGCAGAAGAAACAUCGUCUGCAGUAGAAAAAACGGAGUCUGCGGCGCCACCUAAUGACAAACCAUCACCAACUAAGGUAACUUCUGGAGAGAGAACGGCAGUUAAUGUCGUCCCCGAUGAAAAAGAAUCCCCAAAAGCAAUUGAUUCCCCGUCCCCUGAUUUCAAUGACAGGUACCCGAGGUCUCUGGGAUCCCCUUACACGGCCACCACCCCACUCGUCUCCCCCUCUCAUGUGACGGAGAAACCGCUUGAUACAAGCACCAUCUCCAAUUCGCCUAUUAGAUCGAAAUCCUCCAGUCCCGUCCUUACUAAACGUCUUUCCAGUGAGACCAUUACAUCCCAGUUAGACAACCAGCCGCCAGUUUCCGAGCGUGGCGGCGACACCUCGCCUCCACCCACGCCACCCACCGUCAUGCCGCAGGAAAAGGAAGCCAAACGCAUGGAAAAGACGUCAGAGGGUGUUAGUGUGGAUGCGUUGUCGACAAUUGAACCGGUGGUGGUGGCCCCUGGCACGCCUACUCCCCCAUCAGGCCCUGAGGGCCAUGGUGGUGAGCCAUGGAUAACCGCCGAAGGUGACCGGUCACGCAGCGAACACAACCCUCUGAUGGAGUCGUCAGGGCACACCAGCGGCUCUUGGGCCACGUCGAGCGCAGACAAGCGUGAACAUCUAUACAAGAUCUUGGUGAUUGGAGAACUUGGUACUGGCAAGACCUCAAUCAUCAAGCGGUAUGUUCACCAGUUCUUCAGUCAGCACUACAGAGCCACCAUCGGUGUGGACUUUGCACUUAAGGUUCUAAAUUGGGAUAGCAACACUGUCAUUCGUCUUCAGCUCUGGGAUAUCGCAGGUCAAGAGAGAUUUGGAAAUAUGACGAGAGUGUACUAUAAAGAAGCAGUUGGAGCCUUUGUGGUGUUCGACGUGACACGGGCCCAAACCUUCGAUGCUGUGGCCAAAUGGAAGACAGACCUCGACACCAAGGUUACCCUGGCUGAUGGGUCGCCCAUUCCUACAGUGCUUCUGGCUAACAAGUGUGACCAGCCGAAGGAAGGCGUCGUGAACAACCCAGCUCGGAUGGACGACUAUUGCCGUGAACGAGGCUUCAGUGGUUGGUUUGAGACGUCUGCCAAGGAAAACAUCAAUAUUGAUGAGGCUUCUCGGUUUCUUGUCAACAAAAUACUUAGUAACGAGAAGCAGGGUAUGAUGAUGACAGAAUCUAUGGACAAUGACAAAAUCUCUGUAGAAGGCAGGGUAACUUCUGACAACAGAACUGGAUGCCGGUGUUAAAAGAAAACUUUAUAAUUAUCUUUGCAAUAUAAACGCUAUGCAUUAAGCAGACUUGUAUAGGAGCCAAGAUCCAGUAUCUUGCAACUCUUUACAUAGACAUAUAGUAUACAACAUAUAAACUAUGAAUUGCAUACUAAUGGUAUAUUUUCACAGAAAAUUUAUUUUGUGUGAACAAAUAUAAUAUGUGUCUUUUGCGAGAUGUUUUGGUUAAAACUAUUUAAUUUUAUAAUAGUUUCGAUUUUUUGAAUAACUUAAAAUGCUUCUGAAAGUAAAGAAUCUAUCUGAAUGUUAUAUUAAUCACUGCUCCACUGGGAUAGCAAUGAUAGUCAUUGAUAAGUGCAAAGAAACUGUAAUUCUAAGCUAUGAAAAUUAGGAUGAAUAUGACAAUAGAUCUAGUUAUCAGUUUAGGAAAUUAAUUCUAGUUCGUUCAUAGCUAAAUUAGCUAAUAAAAUUCUGCAUUGUAUAUCUACUACCCAGCUUUUUAAAAUGGAAUAAAUGUUAGUGAUAUAAUGAAUAAUUGAGGUUAUUUUUAAUUUGUCAUUACCUAGGACCGUAUUAUUUAACUUUUAUACAAAGCAUUUUGUCCCUACUUCAAAAAAAAUUCAACUGACAUCAGACAAAAUUUUUUAUGAUUCUUGUGCUGUGUAUUUGUUCUGAUUGUUUAAUAAUUUUACACCACUAUCAACCCAAAUCCAGAUUCCUACUUCAUUGUAUUAUGCUUUGUACCUUCUUGUAAAUAAAUUGAUAGAACCUAAGAACUUUAUUAAUGAUUUUUAUAAAAAAAAUAAAAUUACAAAUUAAGAAGCUUUCAGUGAGAUUUGUUAUCAAAAAAGGUACAUUGCAUGUUCUGUGGAAUAUUUAAUAGUAUGUAAACAAUCUGGAGUUCUCAAAAAAAAAAAUUUAAAUUAUUUUAACCUUCCAAUUUGGUGAUAUAAUGAAAAUCUGGUAUUUUUGUGAUGUUUAUAUAACUUGUAAAAAAAAUUAUUUUAAUCAUGUAGAUGAUAUUGCAAAAAGUGUAUUGUAUUCAAUUUAAGUUCUUUGUAGUAUAUUUAUGCAUGGAUAUGUUUGCCAUUUGACGUGCGUAAUGUGGCAGCCAUAUUUUUAUAUGAAUUUACAUUGAAUAGUUGGGUGAUUUUUGACAAGCCACUGGCUUCCUGUUCCCAUCGAGGCCACUGGAGUAUUGGUGGGCCUCAGGUAAAUUCAGGUAAAUUAUCUUCAUAUCAAAUUAGUGCUUUCUGGACCAAUUUCUGUGAUAUGUCAUUUUGUACAAAGUCAACCACAAAUGCAUGAUUCAGUAUAUAUAUGUUAACACUUAAAAGAAUUCGUUAUUUAAAUACUCAGAAUUAGUGCAUAUUCUUGAACACUGUUACAAUGACGGUUCACAUACAGAAAGUAUUAUACAAGUUUUAUGAACAAAUCCACAAGGGCCGUGACGAGGGUUCAAACAUGACGAACAUCGUGACGAGGCUUUAUUUGAUCCAUCACGCUAUUGUGAUUUCUGUGUGUACAAGUUUUAUCCUUGCACUUUGGUUGCCAGAUUUUGACCAUUUACAAUUUAUAAGAAAGGUUUUAAGAUCUAAUCAUUGCAUUGCCAGUAAAGUGUUCAUAAUUUUUAAAUAUGAAAUACAUUAUAUUCCAUUCACCCGGGCUCUAGGAGACUCGAAUCGUGGACCCCACACAUGUGAGUGGGGUCCCCAAUAAGUAUAUGACGUGGAUCACUAACUCCUCUGAGCUUCAGAAGUAAUCGGGGACAGUCAAAAACUUUCCUUAUUAAGAUCACUUAAUAGCACGGUCGAUAGAGCUUCAGCCUCACACGUGUGGGGUCCAGGGUUCGAGUCUCCCAGAGCCCAGGUGAAUACAAUGUUUAUCUCCACGGAAGUGUGGAUGACAAUUGUACAAUGCAUUAUACAUUUGUAGCUAAAAUCAGAAAAUUCAUUAUAAAGAAUAGGUUACAAUCAACAUCAUACUAUAAUUUCAUUGUUUUUUAAGUUUUUAAUGACUUCUCACGAUGCCUAGCAAUACUGUAUAAACAUUGCUGUUGUCUUCCAAAAUAACAGUUUUAAAAGUAAAAUAACUGUGCAAGAUAAGGUAAUUAUGAACACAGUGAAGAUGUACAGUGGUGUAAUUAUCAGCAGAAUAUAACCAUACAAGUAUUGUAUUUGUAAUGUCAUACUUAGGCCUACCAUAAAUUUUCUAAAGAUUUGUAUUUCAUACAACUCCAAACCAUCCAUUAUUACAAACCUUAAUACACGUCUUGAAAAUAUACUUUUGCAAGUUAUGAAUGUCAUACAGUAUGUAACAUUUGCAUCUUUCUAAAUAAGCAACGUUCCAAAACUUUAAAUGUAUUGUACAUUGAUUUUGUACUUCAUUUAAACUCCUGUCCUAUAGGCUGAUUAAUGCUAAUCACCUUACUUUAUAAUUUUAUAACUGAAUCAUUAUGAUUCUGCAUUAACAGCCUUGGUACCUAAAUUCCACCCAUUUUACUCGUCCAAUAUUUAAUACAAACUUAAUAUAUGCUCUAAAGUAGAUUUAACUUUGGAUAUUUAAAUAAGACCUAGUUGUCAUGCAUGUUUCAUUAAAUUUUACAAUGGGAAAGAAGAAAUCUGAGAAACUAUCUUUGCCAAUACAAUAGUUCGUACAUGUAAUAUUAUACAGAUUCAAUAUACUUAGGAAAUUUUGUUUACAGAAUGUUGAACAGGAAAGAACAAAAAACUGAAAUAAUCCAGAAUAAUAAACCAUAGAUUAUUUAUGAACUAUGUCCAUGCUGAGCAACUUAAAUUGUAUGUUUAUUUCCAUAGAAAAACCAUACAAAAUUUCUCUAUGAUCAUUGUGUAGUUUUCUGUCAGCUCCAGAAAGAAUUAACGUACUCGGCUCCAUCCCAUAAUGAAGUUCCAUCUUCAUUAAACAUUCAUUCUAAAUUGCAUCAAACAUACACUCUAAAUUGCACCAAACAUACACUCUAAAUUGUACCAAACUUAUACUCUAAAUUGCACCAAACAUCACUCUAAAUUGCACCAAACUUAUACUCUAAAUUGCAUUAAACAUACUCUCAAAAUUGCAUCACAAAAUAUACAGUACUCUUAUAUCAAAUUAUCACGUGUAUUUAUGUAAUAAAUGUAAAUGUAAAUUAACAUAAAAAUGUAUUGAGUAUUACUCAAACCAUCACACCAGUAAAUGUUUUACCGAAUUCAUAUACCAGAUACAGUUGGAUCUGAGCUUGACGUGUAAAUAUUUUACUAAGAUCAUAUACCAGACACAGUUGGGUCUGAGCUUGACGUGUAAAUAUUUUACUAAGAUCAUAUACCAGACACAGUUGGGUCUGAGCUUGACGUGUAAAUAUUUUACUAAGAUCAUAUACCAGACACAGUUGGGUCUGAGCUUGACGUGUAAAUAUUUUACUAAGAUCAUAUACCAGACACAGUUGGGUCUGAGCUUGACGUGUAAAUGUUUAACUAAGAUCAUAUACCAGACACAAUAAUGGGAUCAGGGCAUGAAGUUUUACUGAGACAAUACUCCAGAAACAAUACAGUCUGGGCAUUAAGUGUAAAUGUAUAAAUUCUUGUUAACCCAGUAUUUUUUUUCUGUACAGAAAUUGUUAAAAGUUUUAUACCACCAUUAGUUAUUUAAUAAUUCUAGUAUAGGAGGAUAUUGUAGUGUUUAAAAUGUAUGUUGUAGCCUGUAAUCGUCUUAUAAAUAAGGUAUAGUGUGUGUAGCAAUGCUGCAUAUAUGUCAAUAAAUAAAUUCUUCUUA